UGGUGCACGGGUGUUUGGCUGAAGUCCACGUCAGGCUUACCUAUGGGUAGGUAAUUUGCAAAGUUCGAGGAGGAAGUUUGUGGUAAAAGUCACUGUUUUGUCUUGAUUCCCCCGCAACCAAACAAACGAACGAACAACUUGUGGGUUGUUCGUUUGGAGUAUAUGAUCCACGCACGACCCGCAUAUAUCAUGCAUCGUUAGGAUCCGCCCAUUUCCAGGCAAGCAUCACCAACAUGGACGAGACAGAACUCAACGCAAUCCGUGCUGCCCGCAUGGCAGAACUACAGAAAGGCCAGAACCAAAGCAAUGCCUCGCCGCAAGAGGAACAGAAAUUUUCUGUCCUCUCUCAGGUUCUAGAGCCUAGUGCCCGCGAACGGUUAUCGCGAGUCCGGAUGGUGAGACCAGAGAGAGCCGACCAAGUGGAACAGUAUCUUAUGAAAAUGGUAUCCAUGGGCUCCAUCACCCGGAAGAUUGGUGAAAAGGACAUUGUGGAAAUCCUAGAGUCUGUAUCUAGAGGUGACCAGAAGCAGAGCAAAAUAGUCUUUGAUCGGAGAAACGCUGAUGAUGAUGAUGACGACGACUUUUUCGACUAAAGACCGCAUUCGAACUGCAAAUGCAUCGAGAGGAUAAUGCCUCGUAUUCGGUUUGUUGUUAGUCGUACAUUGUGUUGCGGUUGACAUGUCUUGCCAUAAAUGCGAACAUGCAUCAACAGAUGGCCAUGAGUUCCUGGUCAUGUAGGUAGACUGAAUGAGCGGAAUACAAGGGAUACGGCUUCAUGCCAAACUUUCAAAUAACAUUCGAAGGAG